AAGACCUACAUGGCCAUACCUGCAGAGAUUGUCAACAAGGGAUGGCAGAUUCAGAUCGGCUGUCAAACAGAUCGACUGAACUCUCAGGAGUUGAAGAGAGCUCCAUGUGUUCAUGAGCGAUUUCCUAUUACGUCAGAGAUGAUGCAGGUGUGGAACCUGUGGGGGGGACUUAUCUACCUGGUGGCCCCGCCCAAAACAAAAGUGGAUGGUAAAGAGAUAACAGUGCAGAUGGCUGUACCUGCACCAUAUUAUAAAUUCGGUGUGACGACUGCAGCCGAGUGGUCGCUGCUGCGUACAGCUCCCUCACCCUGGGCAGAGCUGGAGUUUGACAACGUCAUCCUCACUGUGCUAUCAGAGUACAUCCGGGACCUGGAUCGCCCUGAAGAGCUGGCGGCUCUCUGGAAUGACAUGAUGAAGGCCAUUGCUGACCUGGCUGUCAUCCCACACAAAUUUCCCCGCAAAGAACGCUUUGUGGCAGAUGUGCAGAUUUCCCACGAGUCCUGUAACAUCUGCCAGACAGCAGGAGUACGAAGAGGUGGUGGUGUGAUUAGAACGGGCGGUCCCUGAUGAUGUUGUUGGCCUUU